GUAAUGAUCGCAGCCUUUCUUCUAUUGCCGUUAGUCCUUAGCCAGUCGAUCCAGAAUAUUAGUGUAGGAUUCCCAAAUGCUUGGGAUGGGGACAGAUUUCGUGAGCUCUACUGCCCUAGCAGAAAUAUCCCGAAAUUUCUAGGCAAGUUCUUCUUGCUCCUUGAACUACAGUAUUCCCACAAUGGUUACUUUCUCUGUCAAUUAUCAGCUUCCUAUGGUGACAUAAAUGCUCCUCCAGGCAAAAAACUCAAUCAUAUGAUCGAUGCAAUAGGAGCUUUGGGAUCUUUUCACAUUAGCAAUGGACAAGUCAUAUUUUCGUCUCAAUACUAUCCUUCACAACCUUAUAAAAUAUGGGAGUUUUAUGACCGUAACAUGACGAAGUCCGGGGUGCCAUGGGCUGGAUGGUCCGACUACAAUUUGACUUCUAUGGCUAAAUGGGAACAGAUCCCUCCUAAUCCUGACUCUGCCCGAUUUCAUCCAAAUCUCGAUUUUUGGAAAAUUGGAAACAAAAUUUUGGCAGGAACUGAGGCACCUUAUUGGAUCGGAUAUGAAUUUGAUGUGCGAAGCUUAAACAAGUUCAAGCUUUUUGAGUUUACCGAAGAUAAUAACAUAUUCUCUGCUCCUCGUCCUUCUAUGAUACCCAUUUCCAUGGCUAUUCAUGAGAGAAGUGAUCCAGAUGGUACCAUUUGGGGUUCAUUUUCAGCUAUGAAUUUUGAGGAACAGCGAUUUUAUCAGGGUAUUUUCACCAUAAACAGCAAAGGUGUCCGAAAAGUAGUUGGUAUGUUUGACUACGGUAUUUGGGAUCCGAAAGCGUGUGGAAGAAAUGACGAAUAUAUUGGCCAUGAUGAUAAAAAAGGCACUUCUGGAAAACACCUAUAG